UCUGUACCCACCUCAUACUCAUACUGUUUUAUUGUCAGUGGAAUAGCUCUGGCGAUGAAUGGCCGCCUCGUUCAGUGUGGUCCGACAAUUCUCUUUUAUUGUAAUUCAUUUUUUUAAUAAUUGAUUAUACACAUCUCCAAGACAUUUCGCCGUCUCAUUACAAUCGGGUUGGUGUUAUUAACCGGGCAGUGGACAAAUUACUGGCGUUGGAUAUUUAAAAUAAAAUAGUAAAUAAAAAUAAUAACAACAAAACGUAAAAUGGAUAAGACAACGGAUGGACUCCAUCAAGAGCGUAACAAUGGAGCCGAAGAUGUCACUAUGACAUUAGUUAACAGCGAUGAGAGAGUUGCUAUUCUCGAUGCAGGUGCCCAAUAUGGGAAGGUAAUUGAUCGCAAAGUACGAGAGUUGAAUGUACAAUGUGAAAUAUUGCCAUUGGAUACUCCAGCAUUUACCCUUAAAGAAAAGGGAUACAAGGCUAUUAUCAUUUCCGGAGGACCCAGUUCUGUUUACGCAGAAGAUGCACCGAGAUAUGACGGUGAUAUUUUCCGAAUAGGUAUUCCAGUACUGGGGAUUUGCUAUGGGAUGCAAAUGAUGAAUAAGGAAUUUGGAGGCACAGUUCAGAGGAAAGAAGGCCGUGAAGAUGGACAAUUUUCCAUAGAAGUUGACUCCAAGUGUCUUCUAUUCAAAGGUUUAGAAAAAGAUCAGUUAGUUUUAUUAACGCAUGGAGAUAGUAUCGAUAGGGUUGCUGAUUGUUUUCGCGCUACGGCAAAAUCAACAAACUUUAUCGUUGGAAUAUCCAGUGAUAAGAUGAACUUGUACGGGGUACAAUUUCAUCCCGAAGUUGAUUUAACGCCAAACGGAAAACAAAUUCUACAUAACUUUUUGUUUGGUGUUGCUGGGUUAACGGGCAACUAUACGAUGCAUGACCGGGAGGCACAAUGCAUCCAGUAUAUUAAAGAUACUGUUGGUAACAAUAAAGUACUGUUGCUUGUGAGCGGAGGAGUUGAUUCAACAGUAUGCGCGGCAUUAUUACAUAAAGCAUUGAGUAAAGAGCAAGUAAUACCUUUACAUAUUAAUAAUGGAUUUAUGCGCAAAGGCGAGACACCCUUUGUUGAACAGAGUCUAGCCGAAUUGGGAGUAAAGUUGCGUGUUAUAAAUGCAACUCAUAAUUUUAUGGAAGGUACUACUUCAGUGCCUCUUGAUCAUGUAUUACCGACAAACAUUGCCAACAAUAAGGGCAUAGGCGUUACGGCUAUUGGCCCGAGAAUUAGAAUAACUAAAAUGCUGUGUCAGACAACAAGCCCUGAGGAAAAACGUAAAAUAAUUGGUGAUGUGUUUGUCCGCGUUGCCAACGACGCAAUGACGGAAAUGGGAUUGAAGCCUGAACAAGUUUUUCUAGGACAGGGUACGCUGAGGCCCGACCUUAUUGAAAGUGCCAGCGCACUUGCCAGUGGUAAAGCUGAUGCUAUUAAAACACACCACAAUGACAGUGAACUUGUGAGAGCUUUAAGGUCUCAAGGACGAGUUGUAGAACCGCUUAAAGAUUUUCACAAAGAUGAAGUGAGACAGAUUGGAUGUGAUCUAGGAUUACCAGCCCCUCUCGUUCAACGACAUCCGUUUCCUGGUCCUGGUUUAGCAAUACGUAUUCUAUGUGCUGAUGAACCUUAUAUGGACAAAGAUUUUUCUGAAACUCAGGUAAUCGUAAAAAUAAUGGCUGAAUAUGAGCAAAUGCUCCAAAAAAAACACGCACUAUUAAAUCGUGUUGAAAGUGCAACAAGUGAAUCUGAACGGCAACAUUUACGCAGAGUAUCCAGUGAAAAUCACAUUGCUGCGACAUUGUUACCAAUACGCAGUGUUGGAGUACAAGGCGACCGAAGAAGUUAUAGUUACGUGGUCGGACUGUCGUGUCAGGGACCUGAGCCAGAUAAGGAACUGCCACUAGAGAAUGUAGUCUGGGAAGAUUUAUUAUUCCUAGCAAGACUGAUCCCUCGCGUGUGUCACAACGUGAAUCGUAUUUGUUAUAUAUUUGGGCCAAUAGUUCAGCAUCCAAUAACAGACAUUACACCAACGCAUCUCACCUCAAACGUUAUCUCGACACUCCGACAAGCCGAUCACUUGGCUAAUCAAGUACUAGUGUCAAAUAAUUGUAUAAAUGGAAUCAGUCAGAUGCCAGUUGUACUGAUUCCUAUACAUUUUGAUCGAGAUGCUGCAUCUCGGGUGCCUUCGUGUCAACGUUCUGUUGUACUUAGGCCUUUCUGUUCAAGUGAUUUUAUGACUGGUACACCGGCUAUACCUGGCAAUCAAUUGCCAAUACAUGUUAUUAAAAAAAUGAUUGCCGAAAUUUCAACAGUACCAGGGAUAUCACGCGUUCUUUACGAUUUAUCAUCAAAACCACCUGGUACCACCGAAUGGGAGUAAUAGACACUUACUUUUCGACUUACUCCUUUAUAUUUUUUCACCACCCGUUUGCGCGUAACGAAUCAGAUAUAAAGCAAAAAAACUAUAUUUAAA